UGAACGUGCCAGUGCGCGUAUGUGCGCGCGCAUGUGUGCGUCCAUGCGUGUGCGUAUCGUGUGUGGACCAGCAGUCACACACUUAACAUUCGCUCGCAACAUGGCGUUGAAUCGCCGAGAGACACGACGGCUCACCCCCGACUAGUGCAACCUUAUUGUUAGGAAAGCGAGGGGACUGUUUACCAAAGAGACCUAAACAUUCACAGAGACUCCCUUACGCACCGGCGGAGACAAUAGCGGAUUCCAACAUAUGCAUGUCGCUAUAACGGUAUAGCUGAUUGUAUAGACGCACGCUGCUAUACCCCACUGGUGGAAAUCAAAGGCUGUACAUGGCGGUGGAGAGUACAAUUUGGCUGUUCUGUCUUCUUUCGCUGUUUUGUGGUCCAUCCAAGCAAGAAAAGCCUGUUUCAGUGGAGCUGAGCUGCGGGGCUGGGCCCAGCCAUGUAGUGUUGGAGCCAGGAUCGCCCCUCUUGCUGCACUGCAACCUGGGGGCCAGCGAUACACCUUUCAAUGUCACCUGGCUUCAAGAUGGCCGGCCCCUACCUCUGCAGGGGGGUGACUUUUUGCAGUAUUUAGCCAACGGAUCCCUCCUCCUUCUGCCCACCGCUAAGGAUGGCCAGCCUCCCCCGGGUGUGGAGGGUGGCUACAGCUGUGUGAGUGCCAGUGCCCUUGGAGCCUUGACCAGUCGGACUGUAAAUGUGCUCCUGGCAAGUCUGUCUCAGUUCCAUCAGGAGCCAUCACCCCAAACAGUGCCUGUUGGGGGUGCUGCCCGCUUUGAGUGCCAGAUUGAGGGAGUUCCCACACCUGUUAUUACCUGGGAAAAGGACAAAGUGACUGUCCCUGAAGACACAAGGUUCAUUUCCCUUCCGAAUGGGGUGCUGCAGAUUCUGGAGGUUACCAAGGAGGAUGAGGGUGCCUACAGCUGUGUUGCAUCCAAUUCUGCCAGGAAGGACAUCAGUCAUGAAGCCAGGCUCUCUGUCACCACAGGCUCCACUGAAGCCCUGAACAGAGUUGUGAUUGUGGCACCACCUCAGAAUGCAACAGUAGUGCUUGGCCGUCCAGCUGUGAUGGAGUGUAUGGCACAAGGCCAGCCGAAACCACUGGUGUCCUGGAGCAGACAAGAUGGAAAACCAAUUUCCACUGAAGUGGUCGUCCUCGCAACAAACCUGGUGAUUAGGGACACUAGACGUCAUCAUGCUGGCGUAUAUGUCUGCAGGGCCAACAAGCCCAAAACCAGAGAGUUUGUCAUUGCUGCUGCUGAGCUUCAUGUGCCUGCGCCGCCAGUGAUUCUCCAGCCCCCAGAAACAGUGUCUCUCUCCAGGGGAAACACAGCCAGGUUUGUGUGCAACAGCUCUGGAGAGCCUCCACCAGUGUUGCACUGGCUAAAGAAUGGGCAGCCAAUCAAAUCAUUCAGACGGGUGAAGACCCAAAACCCUGGAGUCCUGCUCAUCAACCAGCUGGCACUGGAGGAUGCGGGCUACUACCAGUGCAUAGCAGACAACGGUCUGGGCACAGCAUGUGCCACUGCCAAGCUGACAGUCAUUGUAAGGGAAGGCCUGCCCAGCUCCCCUCGCCACCUGUCUGCCACACCCUACUCCAGCACAACAGCCCUGCUCACCUGGGAGAAACCCGAGUAUAACUCUGACCAAAUCAUUGGCUACUCUUUACACUGCCAACGAGCCGUAGGCUCAGAUAAUGUGGAGUACCAGUUUGCCAUGAACAAUGACACCACAGAGUAUCAUGUCAAAGAGCUACUCCCUCACACUGCCUACACAUUCUUUGUAGUGGCUUACAGUCUCAUGGGUGCCAGUCGCCCAUCCAUGCCUGUUACUGUGGAGAUGCUGGAGGAUGUGCCGAGUGCACCUCCUCAGCUGUCAAUAGCCAGCACCUCCCCCACAGACAUCAGGUUGAUGUGGCAUCCAUUGUCCUCUCAGCACAGUCGAGGAGCUGUUACCCGCUACCGCAUUGAAUACAGCACUCUGGGUCAGGUGGACACUGUGUUUUCAGUGGAAGUGGCAGGUAAUGAGACCCAAUUCACAUUGAGGGAGCUACAGCCCAACCAGGCCUACAGACUGAGGAUAGCAGCUGGAACAGGCGUUGGCUUUGGAGUUCCAUCUGAGUGGGCCCAGCACCAAACACUUGCCCACUAUAACAACAGCGACCACAGCAUGGUAAUUUUUGCCCCUACUGAGAUGAAAGUCAGAGCCAGAGUGAGCACACUCAAUGUAACAUGGCAUCCCUCACCCAAUCACACACUGAUCUCUGGGUAUAAGCUGUCCUGUCGAGAGGUGGAGGCUGACGAAUCAGGAAAUGGAGAAAAGAAAACACAGACCCACAUCAUCAAGCUCCGUAAGAGGGCCAGGUAUCAUCUCCUCACUGGGCUGGUCCCUGACCAUCAGUAUGAGGUGAGGGUUUGGGCAUUCAACAAGCAGAUAGACGGAUCUGCUGCUGUGUGGAAGGGAAGGACAGACAAGGCUCAUGACAGAACAUCACCGCCACCAAUGCGCCCCCCUCCAUUGCCUCCAAGCAGCAUCCAAGCCACGGUCAACAGUUCCACCUCCAUCUGGUUGCGUUGGGAGAAACCGCGGUUCAGCAACGUACGCAUCAUCAACUACACAGUGCGCUGCAGCCCGGCGGGAACCACCAAUGCCUCUCUGGUUUCCUACCACACCAGCUCUGCUCAGGAGAUACUGCUUGGGGCAUUGAAGCCCUUCACCCACUAUGAGCUGGCAGUGCAGUCUAAUGGAGUGGAUGUGGUGGGACCCUUUAGUGCCACAGUGGAGGAGUCCACUCUGUCUGACAGGCCCUCCACACCUCCGGAGGAGCUGCAGCUGAGUGCUCUAGACUCUACCUCUGUACUGGUGAGUUGGCGCCCUCCGCUGGAGCCUAAUGGAAUCAUCGUCUGCUACAGGAUCUUGUACAGUGGCAACAUCAGCCAGCCUGACUACUUGUGGAAAAACCUCUCUCAGGACGGGAGCAUUACCAGUGUGGAGGUCCAGGGUCUGUCUGGUGGCAACCAUUACUUUUUUAAGUUGGGAGCAUCUACUGAGGUGGGACCGGGACCUUAUUCACCUGUAAAGGAUGUUCACACCCCACCUCAGCAAUAUGAGCUGGACAUCCAUGCAGUGACAGGCAUCAUAGUUGGUGUGUGUCUGGGGCUGAUAUGCAUCCUUCUCUGCAUGUGUUUCAGCUUUCGCAACGGCAAGGCAAGGGAGGUAUCUGGGGGCCUGGAUUCCACAGCUGUGACCCCUCAGUACAGGAGAGGAGGCUGCCCUGUUCCCCCCAAUGUGCCAGAGUGCCGUGAUAGCCACGAGCUGGAGACACUGAUGCCCCCAGGCAGCCAAGAGUCUGGUCUGCUGCUAACAGUGGUCCCAGAGGAGCAGAGCCUGAUGGCAAGUGCGAAUCCAGAGGAAGGGGAGGAUGCCCAUACACCUGAAACCAAGGCUGCUUGGAACGGCUCUGUGAGUCAUAACUGGGCCAACAGAAUCACAAGAUACAGAGACACCAUAACAGAAGACUCUCCAAAACUCAUUAAUGGAGCUCUCAACAUGCUCACUAAUGAUAACGGCACGGUAAAUGACUUAGAGGAUCGUCUUUGUACAUCUCUGUGCAGUAACCAGGUCGAGGCAGAGGUCAUUGUUCACUCAGAGCUGUCAGAUCCAGGGAUGGAAAAAGCAGAGGCAGGCAGCAAAAGGGUGAAGGAGCCUAACACCACCAGGGGACCCUCAUUAUCAGAGGACAGACAUUCCCCUUUGAGCCAGCCAAUCCUGCCAGGAGAGGAGGAACCUCUUGAAAAACUGUCACUGACCCAGAGCCCCUUGAGUCUUCCCACAAUAAAGUUGGUGGCUAAUCACAAUGGGGACCUAGAAGGCAUGAGACACCAUCCGAAUGCAGCCACAGAGCCACAGCAGGACAUGGGGUUAACCAAUGGCUUCCACUCCCCUAAGACAAUGCGGCCUGUGCUGAGGUCAGAGCAUCUGGAGAACGGGGACUCCAGACAGUGCCCUUCGGCACCAGGGAAGGCCAUCUCUGCUGGGCUGCCCCCUGCCCCCUUUGUCAGCUCCGGCCUUGUCCACUCUACCUCAGCGGCACACAGUUACCUGUACCCGUAGCCUUUGCAUGUAGGGCAUCGACCCUUACACACACAUACAGACAUCAGACUGAUUUUUGUUUCCUUUACGUAUCCAGGAAGGAUCCCCAAGGGUUAUUUUUAUGCACCUCAUUGUUGGAUUUCUUUCUCUUCCUUGCAAAGUUUUUAUAAAUACUUUGAAUCCAUUGUUUCAUACUUGUGUAUAUACAGUAUACAGUAUAUUUUUUAGUGGUAGAGUACUGUAUAUGGGUAUGCAUUCUCUAGCAUUGUCCUGUCCGUAGGAGAGAAAAGAACAUUUUAAAUUAACCAAGCAGAUGGAAGUGGAUUGAAAGAGGCUAUUCCCACUUUGUCACAUAUGGCUCUGUUCCACUCAGGAAUGAGAGAGCCUGGAACAUUACCUGAGUGAGUGAGCACUUGGAAAGGCUCAUCAUCUUGGACGAGAGGAGUGGAAGCGCAGGCUCCAAUGGGUCUCCCUGGACUUUGUUGAGUGGAUGCUACUUUACUGUGGCACUGAGGAAUUAGCCUUAAAGAGUACCUGCACACUCUGAGAGUGCAGAGCACCUGUGUCUCUCUCCAGCCUCCUGCUGUCUCAGGGUCCACACAUACACACACACACAUACAGUAAGCUAAAGCUUAGCUGUGUUGAUUCCACGAUAUUUCACAUAAACUCACAUGGUCGAACAUAAACAUUUACACACACAUUUCCCGACUGGAGUGUGGGGGUCUCAGGUGCCUAAUUAUUCUAGGUGCGUUUAUAACCUCUGUAUAUUUCUAUAGAUGAUUAUAUUCAGUAAGUAAAAAACAUAUGUCAGUAUGAUAAAAAAACAAAAAACAAAAAAACAACACACAUGCAGAUAUACAGAUUUGGUACACAUGAAGUAUUAUUUUCCAAAAUGCCAUAUAUCCAGGUGGAAUGAUCUUAUCAACCAGGGACUCAGUUGAAUAGUAAAAAAAGUGGUCUUGCUGUUUUUCAGAUGGCGGAUAUCUCAUUUUGGAAUCAAAGUAUUUACAUGUUAGAUGUUACAGCGACCCAUCUGAAGAUGGUUCUCCUGGUUUGGCUCCCAAUUAGGGAUGCACCAAUGUCCACACUGUUCUUAAUAUAUUGUGCCAUCAGUUGGAGCCAAUUGUAAUUUUUAAUUUGACAUAAUUAAAAAUAAUUUGAAGUGAAAUCCUUGCCAUGAUUUGCAGGAAAUUCAACUUGUGUUUUUUCCAUGAUGACAUAGAUAUUUCUACAUUUACUAGAUAGGAAUGGAGUUUGAUGUUUAGAAAGACAGAAAUAUACUCCAUACUUUUUAUAUUGACCCAAAAUGUACAAUUAAAUCUGUGAUACUCAAGUAUUGCGUUAGAUUGGUUUUCAUGGUUAACCAAUUAGUCAUAAUUGGUUUCUGCAGUGUAAACGGGUAACUGGUGCAUCCCUACUCCUUAUCAACAACACUACCUCAUUUCUUUUCAGGACGAUUUCCAGUGUGGUUUUAUUAGUUUUAUGUAACUAGCACCUUUUUAAAAUCUUUUUCUUAACUCGUCUGAUUUUAAAGCCUUUGGUAUUUGCAGAAAUAAUCGUCCGACACUGACUGUAUGUUCUUGUGAUAAGUCAAAAAGCAAAUUAUGUCGCUUUAGUGCAUUGCAGCUUCCUAUCAGAUCUCAGUUAGAUUGUGUCACUCAGUAUUGUAAAAUUCCCACAGAAAACAAGAACAGUGUCUUUGAUGUGAAGCACCUGAAACCAGGCCCAGUCAGUUUCACCAAAUUGCAGUCACAACAAUUUCAGACCUGCAUUUCUGGACCUGAAGUUCAAGUCAAACCAGUGCCAUCUAUAGGCAAAGUAAGUUAUCGCUUAUGCAUUUUGACGCUUGUGCUACACGCAGGCAAUGAAUAUUACUCCAGCAUCACAGCAUUUUAUAGAUUUGGUUUGAGUGUAUUCCACUGGUGGAUGUUUUAAAGGGUACACAUUUUUAUUUUAUCUCACAUGCAAUGCAAGAUGUAAAACUUAAGGCUAAAACAAAGCGUGCACAUACAUACUGAAAACAGCAACUACAAAAAUAGAAAAAAGCUGUAACCUGCAUUGCCUGCAGGUGGCAGAAGUGUUACAAUUGCAAAGGCUUUAACUUUCUUUCAUGCAGGAGGUGAUAACUGACAUGUCUAUAUAUUGAUGUGAAUGAGUGAAUUUGUGAGUUGAUUAGAAGUGUGUAAGAUGGUUUUGUAGGUGCUUCCCAUGUAAAAGAAGACCUGUAAGGAUGUGAACCCAAUACUUUGACUCAUGUGGAAACAAAGGGCAAGGGUUUCUCUGUAUGGGUGCGAUGUGAAACAUAAUAAUAAUAAUAAUAAUUAUGAUAAUAAUAAUAAUAAUAAUAAUAAUAAUAAGGAUAAUAAUAAUAAUACACUUCAAAAACUGACAGAAUGAGCAGACCAUUAAGUCAAGCUCUGUUGUACAUGAUGUCUCUUCUCCUCUCAGGUGGCUGUCUUUAGUCAUCCAGCAGUGAAAAGGGAGUGUGCAAGCCUUGGAGACCACUUCUUUUUGUAUGUAUGUCCUUGCAAGUGUCUAAAUCUUACCAGCUCAACUCAUUCACGCCAACAAUUGAAAUGUAAAGUGUUUCUCAUGACAUGUAGGAAACAUUCUCGAUGUGUUUCUUACCAACAUAAUUGUGUUUGCUCUAAAACGUUUCCGAUCAAAAUGCACGGUUGGUACCUCAAAGUGACUUAUUUUAUGAUUAUUUUAUAUUUAAGCCUUGCCAAUUAUGUUCUUAACAUUGCAACACAAUUAAGACAUUUUUACUGCUGUAGCAGUCACGUAGGGACAGAAGUGAAUGUGUUCUCAGCAGACCUGGGUCAAAUAUUAGCUGGGAAAUCUUUUUGGCGGGUUAGUGCAGGGUUUGCAUAUCAAGAUAAUUCUAAUGUUACUUACUGUAAGCUACAGGAAUGUUCAUUAAAUAUUGUCUUAUUAGACUUUAAAAAAAUG